AUGUUGGAUGGAGCGAACGGGUCAGCAACGUGGAGGUUUUUCAAUGAAGUGCGUCCCGUUGGGACAAUGAAAGCCUGUCUCCAGUCUAGUCUAAAUCGGUCCGUGACACCUUCAAUAAGCACAAUGAAUCUGGGGAAUCCUCGUGGAUAUCAAACACAAUCUAGUCAUGCUCAGAUUAUGCCGACCUUCUCGCGUACCUUUGCUUCCGCAUUGAACUCAGCACCUAGUAGACCACCGUCGCUAAUCCCUCACGGCUUUACUGUUCCAAAUGGAAGAUCCAAGCCACCAAGGAUAGCCCUGUUUUUGCCUCCAGGGCAAAAGCGCACUGCUUCUCGCGUACCGUCACAAAAUGACCCUGGUCAACCUCACUCAGCUCAACCCGCUAACGGUAGAACUAAACCAAUACAUAACUCUCAAUCGUUCAAUGCAAAACAGCCACUUACUAAAGCGACACCAUCGAAUAACAAACUUCAAAAGGCCAAGCAGUCGGGAAAGUCCUCUGGUUCGAACAGGAAACCUAGACGCAGAAGUAAAAGUUACAGUUUGAAUGAUUCUCGGUCUAUGAGUUUACCGUCCACCAUGACCUCGUCUCCCAAUGAUUCUUUGGAAAAGCGAUUCGGUCAAGCCGCAUUGGUUCCCGUACUCGAUUUCCUGUCCCCCCCUCGUUUGGGCGAAGCAGACCAUUCGCGUGACAGUUUCAUAACGAGCCCAACGUUGCCACCAAUCAGUGAAAGUACACCACAGAAAAUAGGUAAACGCCGUGAAAAGCCCAAAGCUAAACGUCCCAGCCGCCUUAAAAGGGUUAUACUUUCGGAACGCCGUUCACGUCGUUGUAGAUCUGCUCCAAGCCAUUUUGAUAUAGCCUCGGUCAAUGCCGAACGUCCGUCCGUUGUUACUACAGCCGAAGCAUCUGAAGGUAUCUCAAAACAAGUGACUCAAGUUGGUCUAAUUCCUUUCCUGAUAAUCGCUGUACACUCUGUAGGCAAUCCAAAAUGUCAAAAAAUCUCCUUUAUCUGA